UUACCGGCAGGGACGCAUCAAUUUGUUCUAGCGAACGCAGCUCCCUCCAUCGAAAGCUCAUUUGCAUCUAAGCUCCCACGCUACAACCCACAAACCCGCGUCCUCUUCCACGGCACCUCACUCGACCGUCUCCCUUCCAUCCUCGCCAAAGGUCUGAAA